AUGCGACCAAAACGUGUUGACCUUGGCUUUGGGGACAUCCUUUCUGCCAACAACGAGGUCCACAAGUACAGUCUAGGCGGAUCUGUCGCAGUUAGUGACGUACAAGUCGCCGUUGCAUUGGAUGUCGAUUUGGUUCCAAUCGUGGAGAAGAACGAACUACCGCUUCUGGCUUUCCCACCAUUGAAUCUACGGGACAUUGUGGUUAGUUUUGCGGCAAAAGACCUAGCUCUAGAUGCGCUUGUUGCGUCGGGACUUUUUGGUCAAAAGUUCGCGUCUCUGGACAUGCCUCAACGCCAAAGCGCAGCUUGUUUGGCUGCUGCACUAGUGGAUCUCGCGGAUCCUGUGAACGGAGAAGGCAAAUGGAGCAUUGGAUUGGAAAGUACUUAGAUUUUUACCUCGUAGAUGUAAGAAUAAGUGAUAGUCAUUUUGGUGCGUUGGGACGUGUAUAUUCACCGGUUAAGCGAGCCGCCAAGUCACCGCUUUAGCGACGUGGCAAUUCACCUGUUAAGCGAGCCGCUUAUUCACCGAUUAAGCGACCCAUACAUUCACUGCAUAAGCGACUCGUCUAUUCACCGCUUAAGCGACUUCUCUUUUCAUCGCUCAAGCGACUCGUCUAUUCACCGCUCAAGCAAGUGGCGUGGCCACUGCCUAAGCGAGUGGUGUGGCCACCGCUUAAGCGAGUUGUGUGGUCACUACGUACGCACGGGUCCCGUAUCUGCCUCGAAGAGUACCUUAAGUGCCACGCCGCGUCCCUUAUGGGCCACGCCGAGUCCCUUAAGGCCCACGCCGCGUCCCUUAAGGCCCACGCCGCGUCCCUUAUGUGCCACGCCGAGUCCCUUAUGUGCCACGCCGAGUCCCUUAUGUGCCACGCAUCACAUUGUUUGGGCGCUCUAUGAAGAUAUUGAUAUCAUUUAUCCAUCGAGCUAUUCAUCUUCAACGUACACAUUCAGUCAUCAUCUUUUCGUACUUUAACCAAAUCUCAUCAUGACAGUUCUCCGUUUAUUCCUGACCGUCACGCCAAUGAGCGUCGCACUCCGCUUACAGCGCACACCAGAUCCUACAGAAGCGCAAAUCGAAACAAGCUUGAACAGCUUAUUAGAGUCGAUCCUUACAGUCUACGACCGAACCGUUCUGGGAAAAGUAAUACGUGGAGCUACAGCGAGUGCUGGAGUUGGAGCAGCAAAUGUGAUGAUUGCGGAGUUCCUCAAGAACCCUGGACCUUGUGCGGCGCGCGAUAUGGAAAUGAAGCCAUUACCAGGCUUCGCGCACCUGAUGCUGGCACUUGGGGUUUGUCUGCUGUUGGCGGCCUUUGCGUUGCUGGUUUUUAUUAUGGUGUAUUAUGGGAAUGAUCAUCAGAUGAAGCUGUGUAAGUGCUGUAAGGUAGUAUUUGUUCUGAUUGCAACAUAUUAUACUGAAGUUUUUUUUCGUGCACUAGUAGAGAAGGAACGAGUACAGUUUAUAAUCGAAUCAAUUACAAUCUCAAUCAGUUCAAAAACACGUUCUAAGCAGCGUUGCUUCCGACACUGCCAAGGCAAGUAUCAUCCUCGGAGAAGCUUGAUCCCGCCAUCGAAUUUGGAAGACCGGAUGCAAGUCGCCCGAACGCGUUCAUCCAUGAUGCAUGUGCGCACCUUAAGGGAUCGUGUUGGCUAGCUUUUUUGGUUAUGAAUACAUCACUUCUGAUGGUAGUCUUCAUCUGCUUCUAUUUUUCUAAAGGAGUCUUCAUACUUUCGUAACUAAGUACUUCAGACAUAAGAGUAGUUCGUUAUUAGAGACAUGCCUUCCUCUAAUCAAAAGCAGACGCUCCAUCGAUGGAAAAAGUGUUUCAGUCGAAGUGGAAAGUGUCGUUGACGGUGGGAGUUCUUAUGAUGAUCAGGAUAUGAAGUUUGUUCACCUUAAUUGUACAACUACAACAUAGAUAGUACUUUUUUAUAAGUCGAAGUGUAGCUGCGACGGAACACCGGUGCUGUCUGGUAUGGAGAUAUGUUCUACGACAUGAUGAACAAGAAAUGACUAAUCUUCAUCCUCUCCACCACCCAAGGCUCUAAUCCUUCUCCACCACCUCCUGCGUCGAGCUACGGAGGCAAACGAGUGUCGAUAAGCUCGGAAGCGAUGAAGAUUUUGACAGGGAGCGACUCUCCUUAGCAGAAUGUCCCGAGAUACCGGCUGCUGUCUCUCAUGGUAUCGGGUGCCUCGUUUUUGCCUGUUUUGCUUGUUUUCUGGCGUCGAACACGUUGGUAGGUGUGGAUAUGAACUUGGCGCUAUCGUCUUCUUCGACUGGCGGAUUAGCCCUUUCAGAGACAACUACAGCAACAGGUCGUGUAGAAGUCCCAGCUAUCUUCUCCUUCACUCUGGGGAACUCUGUAUCCGAUAUGUGGAACGCAAAAUGCUACGCUUUUGCGGUUGCGAUCCUGCUCUUUAGUGGUGUUUGGCCGUACUUGAAACUGUUUGUAGUAUUGAUUUCUUGGUACAAGCGCCCGUUGCCGCCGUUGCCGAGAGGUAUGGGAAAAGGGUCUGAGCUUGAGGUAGGCAUUCUUGUAGUGUGGACACAAGAGUAUCUUCGUGCUGUGGAAGCACGGUAUUCUCGUGCUAGGAGCUAACUUGUUCUAAUUGCUCUACUUGCUGAGUGUUGUCGUUUCUAAUACCCGGGUCAUCUCGUGGCUGCGCUUCACAACGGUCCGCCGAGAGCGGAUGUUGGAAUUUCUGGAUGCUAGUGGGAAAUUGGGAUUGGUCGACUCGUUCGUCUUGGUAGUGUUUGCAGCGUCCUUUCGCUUCGUCUGGCGCGUGGAUGCCACCGAGAUGGGAAUCCAGAUCAAAUACGGGGUAUUUCAUACGUUUGUGGUGGUUUCUAUUUUGUGUUUUCAUAACCUAUUCAUUUUUUGAAGAAAACAAUUCGGUUUAAUUAAUCUGCCGGAGACGUUACUCACGUCGUUAAGCAGUCGGUCUCAAGUAGCUGCCGUGUCUCUACUCGGGUCACAACGGAACCAGGCAGCUGUUACAGUUGCUACGUGGUUCGAAUGUAGUGUGGUUGGAAUCUUCUAAACCCCUGGAGUGGGUACAUUCAUUCAUUCAUAACCUAUUCAUUUUUUUGAAGUACUAUUCAUGUCCUAGAAAAAGCUGAUGUGAAGUUAGUACUAAAUGGGACAAAAAAAUGAUGAUGAAAGCUGAUCAUGUGAACCACCAUUGUCAAUUUUGACGACGUAGCUCUUCAACCUGCCGUGUGUCCCCUGAACAAAAACCAACAUCAUUUCCAGCUUUCCUUCUUCGUCUUCGUGUUUGCGACGAUAGUGAGCCUCAUACUGGGUCACGUGGUUCUCUUCGUGCAUCGGCACGUGUUGAGUCAGCACAUUCGAAAGGGAGGCCUUGGGCGAGCGCCACUUCGAAGACUAGUGCGGGCUUCGGAAAUGAAGGAUAGGUCUAUCUUAUGACAAUGACAGCUAGACCAAACUUAAAUAAGUUGGUAAAAAUUUUCGGACUUGUAAUUCUAGUUAUUCUCAUCAUUGUGAUUCCGCAUCGUUCCGUUGUAAUGUGCUGUAAAAAUAGGUACCUCUAUUUCUUCUACAACAGCCUACUUCUCGAGGACCCAUCUUCUCAUAACCUCUUUCAUCUCCCGUCAUCGGUUUAUUCGUGUUGCUCUACGUGCAAGUGAUGUGCGUGUCUUGGCCCAUCGUGACCUUCGAGUUUGGCGGUGCUGCGGGAGUCAUGAACGCACUAGGAAACCUGCCUAAUCGUGUCACUUGCAGUCUGCGAGACCUGGUUUCGGGACUAUCGGCAGCGCCAGCGAGGGUGAAUUUUGAUUGGAACAAACAAGUUGUUCAGGGAGAAGAGGAGAUAAUGGGGUCGCCGUCUUGGUUGGGAGAACGACGUUUGAGUAUGAGCUCUAGAUCUUCCUGGGUCGGACCGCAAUCGAGCACAUUCACACCCCGUUCCGAACAAACGAGUAGCUUCGCAGGGUCCUCGACUUCUCCACCUUUUCCACCUGGUGGCACCUCAGCAUUGCUGAUCUCGUUGAUUCAAAUGGCAGUCUUCCUCUUUGGCGUGUUAAUACAUGGAGUUUUUUUGGUUGUACUGCUCUUGCUGUGGACGAAGCCGGUGUCUGCAAGAUUGCACUACUUGAUUUUCGUCACUGCGCAGACGUUGCGGGCAUGGGCUGCGACGGACGUGUUUGCACUGUCGGUUGUUUAUGAUAAAAGAAGACCCACUUUCUAGACGCGCGUCCUCGCAGUGUUGACCGUACAUUGAUUUCGAACACGUUGUUCUUCGGCCAUUUUAUCGUCGCAGGAAAUGUUUCGUCUUGACGGUGAUUCUGUACAAUCACCUGAGACGUAAUGAUGAUGAUGAAGUAACUGCGCGUGCCAAUAACGUGUCUUCCCCCCACUGCACAACCGAUCUCCCCCCUCUCUUUCAUAUUCCCCUCGCUUCUUCGCAGUGCAGUUCUUUCGUCCAGUUUAUUCUCCAGUACGGAACGUUAAGUACGCUGUGCAACGCUGUGGAGGAGAAUUCUGGGGUGCCUUGUUUCACCGUCGACGCCGCAGUACAUUGGCGAACGGUAUUUUGGCUUAUUGUUGCGGCUGUAGGGACACAAGUCGUGGCAGUGGUAAUCUUCAGGGAUGUGAGUCAGGUGCUCAGCGAAGAAAGGCGGACGAGCGUGCUGGAAAUGUUGUGA